GGUUACCGGUCCAAGGCUCCCAUUGGAGAGCGGCGCAGCGCCUCCAAGUCAACCGAAAGGUUUUCAACCCCUCCAUCUUUUAGGCAGCUGGCAUCUAAUCUGUACAUUUUGACGAUUCCACAAUCACCUCUCGACUCUGCAACCUCCAACAUACGUCCAACAUCGCACUUCAUAACCACACUCAGUCAUCAUGGGUUUCACCGAUCUCCUCACUGACGCCGGUCUUACCGUGCUGAACAACUGGCUGCUCACCCGCUCCUACAUCACUGGCUUCUCUGCGAGCCAGGCCGAUGUCGCCGUCUUCAAGGCGCUAAAGUCGUCCCCGGACGCGACCAAGUACCCCAAUGCUGCUCGCUGGUAUAAACACAUCGCCUCGUAUGAGGACGAGUUCCCUGCCCUCUCCGGAGAUGCUAGCAAGCCCUACUCGGUUUAUGGACCCGAGAUAUCUGAGUUGGCUGUGAACCCCGCCAAGGCCCCCGCUGCCGAGGAGGACGAUGACGAUGUCGACCUUUUCGGCAGCGACGAUGAGGAGGAGGAUGCCGAGGCCGUCAAGCUCCGCGAGCAGCGCCUUGAGGAGUACCGCAAGAAGAAGGAGGGCAAGGUUAAGCCCGCGGCCAAGUCAAUUGUCACCUUGGACGUGAAGCCUUGGGACGAUGAGACCGACUUGAAGAAGCUGGAGGAGGCCGUCCGCAGCAUUCAAAAGGACGGCCUGGUCUGGGGUGGUUCCAAGCUCGUCGCUGUCGGCUUUGGCAUCAAGAAGCUACAGAUUAACCUGGUUGUUGAGGACGAGAAGGUCUCGACCGAUGAGCUCCAGGAGCAGAUCCAGGAGUUCGAGGACUUUGUCCAGUCGACUGACGUCGUUGCCAUGCAGAAGCUUUAAGGAUUGAUAAGAUUUGAUGCCAUGCUAAGAGUCAUCAUGAGUAAUGAUAGGGGGCAAUCGUUCUCCGUGAACAGGCCGGCAAUGGUUCUAGGGGCGAUUUAAAGCGCGGUCCUUCAGACCACAUAUUAUCAGCUAUUGACAAUACAGACCAGACCAUUGCUUCCUGA